AUGAAAAAAAACUCAACCUCAAAAAAUGCAAGAUUAUUAUCACAAUUAGAAGAAAUUUCCUGCAUGUCAAAUCAAGGAAAUAAUGCAAUAGAAAACAAUGCUACUUUAUCUAAUGAUAUAAUUAAGCUCAAUACAGAAAUUCAAUCAUUUAUGGAUGAUACUCGUAAUGAACUUCAAUUUUAUCUUGAAGACAAUAAAAUUACUAACGACACAGAAAAAUGUCAAAAGGCAUCCUCAUACAUAAAUUGGAGAGGAAUGGACUAUGUUAAUUUGUUAUUAAGUGAAAGAGAAAAUUAUAAUAUCUCCUGUGUUGUUGAAAAAUGGAAUGAGAAACAAAAAUCUUUACAAACAAGUAUAGAUGAAAAAAUGAAAACGUGUAGUACAACAACGUUUGAUUAUUGUGCUAUUUUGAAUAAAAAUGAUAAAUGCACUAGACCUUAUGAAUAUAAUGAUCUACCAGUAAGCACAUUAUUAACAUACGAUAAACUAAAGGAAGAUACUUAUAGUUCUAAUAAAACUCAAAUUAUUGGUGAUAGAUGGAGUAUGUUUAACAAUAUUACUAAUGAUAUAUCUGAUUACUAUUACAGAAUGUAUGAAAAUGAGAAUUCUGAACUUAAUUGUGGAAAGUGGAGUAUGUAUAUAUAUAAGAGAGGAAAACAAUUUAUUAAAAUGGCGGCCAAAGAAUUAUAUGAAGAAGAAAUAUAUGUAAAUGAUUCUAUUACAAGAUGGAAUCAACAUAGUAAUAUAUUGCAAUAUACUGUGUUAGAAGACACUGGUAAUCAAUGUAAUAUGACAACAUUUAUUCAUCAAAUUAAAGAGCAACAAAAUUCAAAUAAUCCAUAUGAUUUAUCUGGGCUUUUUUCAAAAAAGAAUCGCAAUGAACCUAAUGGAACUAUAUAUAAUACAACUCCAUUACCAGAUAACUUACAACCUACAACUGUAACUCCUAAUGUAUUGCAUAAUGAUACUACUACAGGUUUAUUGGGUGGCAAAACGACUAGUGUCAAUAUCGUAAAUGGUGUGAAUUCCUCUGAAAAUACAUUCACAGGUGUCACCUCAGUAUCAUCAAUGACUACAGAUCAAACUUCCCCAGAAACUGAAACCACAAUUUCUCCAGAAAACUCAACACAAUCCAAUUCUUUAACUCAAAAUGAUACAAUAUAUUCUAAUACUAAUACUAUAUCUAACACAACCUCAACAUCACCUUUCCCUGAGAUUGUAUCAUCUCCUACAACUAAAACAUUAUCUUCAAAUUCUACUACAAGUAGUGGCACACCAGCAGUUAUACAUUUACCUGGAGAUAUAUCUGCUACAGCGACUAAUGAAUAUUCUGAUACUACUAUGAAGACAUUUACAAAUAAUAUUACAGCUUCUACAACAUCCACUAAAUCUCCUGCAACUUCUUUACCUUCUGAAACUGUAACUUUUGUAAAUAAAAAUAUAUCUACAAAUGGCAAUACAUCUGUUACGAAUGACACAGCAUCUCCUAUGAAUAAUCCUUUACCUUCUCCUGAGAUUGCACCUUCUCUUACAACUAUGACUACGACUCCUACAGAUAGCUCCACAACUCCACUACCUUCAUCUAUUCCUAAAAUCACAACUUUGCCAUCUACAAAUUAUUCUAUAUCUCCUACAAAAGAUAUGUCUAUUCUUCCUACUAAAGAAGUUACUCAUAAAACUGCAAUUUCACCUUUAACACAUAGUUCUACAUUUUUUUCGACCAAUACCAUUGAAAAUUCUACUACUACCAUUGAACCAUUUACUAAUAAAAUUGCGUCUUCUACAAUUGACGCUACAACUCUUGCAAUUAAUACUACAUCUCUAAUGUCUGAUAUUAUAUCUCCAACUCCACUUUCUUAUUCUCCUGAUAAUACACCUAUUCUCACAACUACGACUGCUUUUUUUCCUAUAACAAAUAACAAUUUACCUUCAAAUCAGACAGAUAGUACCCAACUGCAGAUCCCACCAAAUACACAUGUCCCUUUUAAACAGGUUCAACAACAUGUAUAUGAAAGAAAUUGUACUGGAAACAUUUCACUAUGUCAAAGUGCGACUGAUCCAAAUACUUUCAAGCCAAUCCCAUCAAGUGACCCUAAUGAAGUUAUGCCUACAGUUAAACCUACAGAUAAUUUAUUAAUACCAAUGGUUUCAGGAGGUAUUUUUCUUUUAGGAAUUAUUUUUCUUUUGAUUCUUCUUUGUAAAUAUACUCCCAUUGGAUCUUGGAUUCGUAAUAGGAAGUCAAAAAAAAAAAAAGCAAGAAAAAAGAUUAAGAAAAUAACAAGGGAACCGUUGCUAAUGGAUACAAAUAAUACAAAGAAUGAACCAAUAAAUAAUCAAAAUUAUUCAUUCUUACACCAUGAAAAGGAAAUACCACAAUGUGAUAUGAGUUUGAAAAAUCGAAAAGAUUUGAAGUAUAAACAAGUAAAGAAAUCCAAAGCACCUAAAGGAAUGUAUAUGGAAAAUGAAAAAUAUUUUAAGUAUGAACAUAUGAAGAAAUCCAAACCUCAUGAAGGAAUGCAUAUGGAAAAUGAAAAUAAGUGCAUUCGUGAAGCUGUAGAAGUAUCAAAGAAGCAUGAAAAUGAAUUUAUAUUGAGAGAAAAAUUAAAUGAAGAUAAUCCUAGAAAUGAAAUUAAAGAUGAAUUAAAUAAAAAUAGAUUAGAAGAAAAUCCUGUUCAUAUUGUAGGGUAUAUUAGGAAAGAUACAUUAAAUGAGGAAAAAGCAAAUGAAAUAAAUUCACAUAAAAAAAAAAAAAAAAAAAAAAAAAAAGAAAAAAAAUUAAAGUAA